GAUCACGGGUGAGAUGAGGGAUUUGGUGGUCAUCGAGCGGCUCCUCGCUCUUCUUCUUACAUGUUUCGAAAAUCUCUUUCACGGCGCCAUUAUAAACGGCUGGCCCUCGUUUGUCUUCGUGUUCAUACAACUUGGCUACUUCAGUGACCUGUGCGACGACGACAACACCACCAGGGAAAAUACCACAUCUUCCAUAAUGCCCAACAUCACCGCUAGUACCAGAAACCUCGGCGGAGUUACCGGCAAUCAUGUCUCGUGUCCGGAGCAGGCUAGUCGCCUUCAGCUUGUAUUCUCUGUAGCCAUCGCUCUUCAGUCAACAUCCAUGUUCCCUAUUGGUUUCCUUUUAGAUCGGUAUGGAACUAGAUUAUCUCGGCUGGUCAUGAGCUUCUUGAUGCUGAUUGGUUAUUUAAUGAUGGCAUUCAGCUCUUCAACCUACUCCAUUCUCUUGUUUCCUGGAACCAUCUGUUUUACUCUUGGAAGCGUCAUAUUGCUCUUUUCAUCCAUGCAGAUUGGGAAUCUUUUCAGAGGACAUAAGUCUACCGUCAUAACGACAAUCAACGCCAUGUACAGCGCAGCUGUGAUAAUAUCUGUUAUCGCUAAGAGAGCACACGAGGUCGGAUUCUCCAUCAAUACCUUCUUCUUCAUUAUGGCUGGAUCCGUGCUCCUGCUCCACAUCAACACAUUCCUCUUCCUUCCUACCAAGUUCAUCCCCUGGCCCCUCCCGAAGGGGUACAGACUGACCCCCUGCAGCGCCCCUAGGACCACUCAUCGGGACAGAGAAGAGAGCGCGUACUACCAAAACCGAGGGGACGUUGGGGACCUCUCCAAUCCGGUGAUAGGUGUUACUGGGAACUAUAUACAGAUUGGAAUGGAUUUCAUCAGCAGAGAAGUAGCUCCGGAGAUGGAAAAACCUUUAGACGAGGAGUCGAGUAAGAGAAUGCCUGAAAAUAUGCUCUGCAGACAGAAUAUAGGGGAACCAAUGAUCAGAGAAAUUGGCAAGGAGAUGGACCAAUUCAUGACGGCCGAAACUGGUAAGAGAAUCCCUGAAAAUGGACACUCAAGACAGGAUGGAGUGGACCCAAUCAUCACAGAAACUGACAAGGAGAUGGACCAACGCAUGAGCGAAGAGACGGGUGAACGAAUCGCUGAUAAUCGGCACUCCAGACAGGAUGGAGUGGACCCAAUCAUCACAGAAACUGACAAGGAGAUGGACCAACGCAUGAGCGAAGAGACGGGUAAACGAAUCACUGAAAUUGGAGACUCGAGACAGGAUGGAGUGGAAGUAAGUAAUAAAGAAGCUGGUGAAGAUAGGGACCCAUUAAUGAACGAAGAGACGGAUAAAACACCCGAUGAUGAUGGGGAUUCCAAUAUCGCUGAACGGAAGAGGAAGGAGUAUGGAAGUCUUAGUUCGUGUCUCUUGUCGACGCCAUUUUGUUUAUUACUUCUCUGGCAGGCGUUUCUACAGAUUGAUCUGAUCUUCACUUUUGGGACCCUCAACUCCUUUCUCACCAGACUGGCCGAUGGCGAUGAAGAUGUGGUGAGUUGGUACACAGACGUCUUCUCCAUUAUCCAGUUCCUAGCUGUCAUCGUUGGCCCUAUUGGAGGUCUCCUCAUGGACAGGAACAACAUCUUCACGUCUUGCUCAACAACAAAGAAAACCAAGGUGAGAGAUCCGUACGCGGACAUGCGUGAUAGCUGCCUUCCUCUGGUGAUCACUGCUCUUGCUUCAAUUGGCUACUCCGUUUGUGUCCUGAUUCCUAGCCUCCAGCUUCAGUAUCUGACUUUCGUUUUACUCCUCAUCGUGCCGUCUCUGCUGUACGGUGUCGGUCCGGCAGUCGUCAGUGUCGUCUUCCCGAUGCAGUACUUCGCCAGUGUAUACGGUGCAAUUCGAACCAUCUGCGGGUUAUUCAGCCUUCUCCAGUACCCAAUCUUCAUCAUACUCCAGACGUAUCUUGAUGGUGAUCCAUUUUAUGUGACAAUUGGUUUUAUUAUUGCCGACAUUUCGACGCUACUCUUACCUGCUGCCCUCUAUGUCAAGAGUAGAAGAAGACAAGCUCCAGGGGCCACAAAAUGAAUGACUGCUGGUAUAUGUAAUUACGUCAUACCUCAUGCAUUUUCAAGGAGUUAUUAGCAUGGAUAAUGAAAUAUAGAUGGAGGUAUGGGCAAACAUACUUGUAUGUUCAGUGUGCGCCAUGGGAAUAUAAUAUAUAAUGUACUUUAAUGACUCCUCAAGAAAAAUGAAUAAAAAGGGCUUGUAUACCGCCGCAAAAAAAAACACCAACGUAUUUAUUUGUUUGUUUUAUUUUACGUGUAUUAUGAAAGGCAACUACGCGCAACGAAGGAC